AUGGACCGCGGCACAAACGACUAUUCGCACACCGGCCUGCCCUCGCCUUAUCCUUCCAACGUGGGCGACGCACACUCCGAAGCUCCCACGACGUCCGACCACGCCUCAGCUGCUGCCGCUGCCGCCGCCGCCGCAGCCGCCGCCGCACAGGCGCAAUAUUCUCCGGUCAAGCAGGAGCCUCACCAGCCGUAUCCCACAUCGGCGACCCCCACCUCCGACUAUAGCGUGUAUCCUCCUCCGUCGCGUCCGGGAUCGUCCUACCCCGAGCAUCAACUCCAACACCAGCGUCCCUACCAGCCUCCGUCGACCAUGGCACAGCAACCGAACAGUGAGUACCGCCUGCGUCGCGCGUGUCGGAUGCACGCCGAGCCGCCUAACAUGUCCGCGCCGCCCGUCUCGGGGCCGCACCCGCCCAUCGCUGCGCCCAGCCCGACUUAUCCCUACAGCCAGCAAUCGCCGUACGGGCCCAACCCCGACAUGUCCCAGGGAUACUCUCAUCCGAGCAGUGGCCUCUAUGCCCAGCCUCGUCCAGACUGGGGAGGCUACGGGAGCCACGGUCCUCCCCCGCUGACACCUAGUCAUCCCAUGUACGGCCAUUCGCCGGCCCCGGCACCUCCCCAGCAGCGUCCCAGCCAGGUGUACUCGUUCGUUCCCAUUCCGGGUGCCCAGCAGCACAAGCGUCCCAGAAGACGCUAUGAGGAGAUCGAGAGGAUGUACAAAUGUGGAUGGAAUGGGUGCGAGAAAGCCUACGGAACAUUGAACCACCUCAACGCCCAUGUGACUAUGCAGUCGCAUGGACCCAAGAGGACCCCCGAAGAGUUCAAAGAGAUCCGCAAAGAAUGGAAGGCUAGGAAGAAGGAAGAGGAGAAUAACCGCAAGGCCGAGGAAGAGAGACAACGGCAGGCUGCGCAGGCUGCUGCGGCACAGAAUCCCGGAUCCGACGGCCAAGCCGACGGCACCCCGACCUCGACCUACCCCUCAUCCCGACCUACCCUCCCCCCGAUCGGAUACCAGGCCACGCAGUACCCGGCUCCCCCGUCGGCGGGCAUGCCUCAGCAACCCAUGGCCGAUUACCAGAACCACAUGUACCCGAACUACCCUCCUCACUCUCCGUACGGGGGACAUCCGAGCCAAGGAAUGUACAGCCAAUCCAACGGCGGUCAGCCUCCCAACCACUGA